AUGCAGCGUGCAUUCCGACCGCUUCACUCAAGUCAUACAAACAGAGCAGCGAAAACCUGGAUGUGUUGCCCUUUGCAGGCAUCGGAGAUUCAAGAAGUUGAGGAAGUUUUGGUCAAACUGGUCAGGCUGCUUGCGAAUAUUGCGAUCAGCCCGUCUGCUGGGAGUACACUUGCAUCAUCAAGUGCUGUGGUGGAUCCACUGCUGGACAUGCUGGGCGCGAAGCGCAUCAGUGAAAGCGAGGAACUGGUCCUUAACGUUGUGGCGGCAAUCACCAAUUUGCUCUUCUAUGACGUGCCUUCCAACUUGCUUUUUCAGGAGGAUAGCAAGCAGCUUCUCUGCAGGUUAUUCAGGCCGUUGCUGCUGGAAUCCUACAACGUGGAGGCGUUGGUGGAGACUGCGAGAGCCCUUGGUAAUCUCUCAAGGCAUGCAGAUGCCCGAAGAUGCAUGGCAAGUCUGCGGCUGGAUGAAAUUCUGGUCAUUCUUCUGGACCAUGAUGACCGAGACCUUGUGUUCUAUGCUUGCGGUGCGUUGGUCAACUUGGCGGCUGAUCCUGAGUGCAUCCCUCGGUUGACGGACUCAACUCCAGCUGUGCAGAAGCUGGCAAAGCUUCUGGGAGAUGCCCCAGCCGAUGAUCCCUUGCUGCAACUCGUGACUGUGAAGGUUCUUACCAACCUGUCACUCGACUCUCGCGCUGCCUGGCCAGCAGAAGAUGCUGAAGCCGUCAGUGGUGUCUUGCUCCAAACCAUUGCUGACAGCCAGGAUCUUGCUUCUGAGAGCCUCGAGAGGCAGCAGCUUCUGGAUCUUUCGCGCCAUUUGCAGAGCCGUCUUCCAGGUUCGGCAUCAGCUCAGCCUGAGACUGCUGCGGAACGCGAGCCCAAGGACUGGUUUUACUGCACUGCUCCAGGGUGCGGCCGCCGCUUUGGCUCUCAGGUGGGUGAUCUUCAUCCAGAUGUGGGUGAGGCAACCUUGUAUGAAGCGUUCAGCCAAGCUGGCAAUGUUGCGUCAUGUCGAGUGUGCCGCGACAAUGCAACUCGCAAGUCUCUUGGCUAUGGGUAUGUCAACUACUACAGUGUCCAAGAUGCCGAGCGGGCUUUGGAGACGCUCAACUACAUGAGCAUCAAGGGGAAACCUUGCCGAGUCAUGUGGAGCCAGCGAGAUCCCGAGCGAAGAAGGAACACUGCAAACAAUAUCUUUGUAAAGGGCUUGGAUCCCAGCAUUGACAACAAGGCUUUGCACGACACAUUUAGCAUAUUUGGCAACAUCCUCUCGUGCAAGGUGUCCACGGACAACAAUGGCAAAUCUAGAGGUUAUGGCUUUGUGCACUACGAGGGUGAAGAUGCAGCAAAGGAUGCCAUUGCCAAAGUGAACGGCAUGUGCAUCGCUGGCAGCACGGUCUUUGUUGGGCCAUUCAUCAAGAGAGAGGAGAGAGACGAUGCUGCGGUUGAGACCUUCACAAAUAUAUAUGUCAAGAACAUGCCUCCUGCAUGGGAUGACGACAAGGUGACUGCCAUCUUCAGCGAUUAUGGCGAGGUAGCAUCCUCCGUCCUUUUGAAGACGGACGAGGGAAAGAGGUUUGCCCUUGUCAACUACAAAGCUCCUGAAGCUGCUAAAGCUGCUGUGGAUGCUCUCCACAGGAAAGACAUGAGGCCAGAGCUGGGAGAGGAAAAGCCAGAGACGCCAGAUGAGCCAGAGAAAGAGGAGAAGGUCGAGACAAAGGAAGAGAAAAAGGAGGAGAAGGAGCAGGAAGACGGAGGCCCAGAGCAAGGGACAGAAGAGGACCACCCAGAGUAUCUCCUCUAUGUCCAACGGGCUCAGACUCGGGCUGAGCGAAAAGCCGCGCUAGACGAGGAGAGGAGGAAGCGAAAGGAAGCUAAAGGAGAGGGCAAGGGUAAGGGCGUCAGGCUUUGCAUCAGGAAUUUGGCGGAAGAGGUCACCGCUGACAAGCUGAAGGAGCUCUUGGAGCCGUUUGGCAGCAUUGUGGCAGUGAUCCUGAAGUGUGACGAGGAAACAGGCAAGCAUCGUGGAGUCGGCUUCGUGGUGAUGUCCACCAUGGAGGAGGCCACCAAAGCCAUUGACGAGCUAAACGGCAAAGAGGUAGAGGGCAAGGCGAUGAAUGUCACUCUGUCUGAGAGGAGAAGAAGAGGGGAGCGAUCAGACGGUGCUGAGGGUGCUCCCAAAGGAAAAGGUGAUGGCAAAGGCAAAGGCAAAGGAAAGGGCAAAGGAGGUAAGGGUGGGGACUUCCAAGGCGUUGGAGCCGCUGCAUUUGGAAAGGGUCCUCCGCUGGGUGCAGCGAUGCCUCCGGCUGCCUACCCGAAGAUGCCAUACCACCCUGCGCUCAUGAGACCUGGCAUGCCCAUGCCUGGGCUUCCUGGCACACUGCCCUUGGGUCUCGCGGGCUUGCCGUAUCCUGGAAUGCCACGGGCUCCGGGAGCGCCAAUGCCAGCCAUGAGACCCAUGCCGUUUCCACAGGGUCUACCUGGCAUGCCUGGUAUGCCUGGCAUGCCUCCGAUGUUUGGUGGUGCUCCUCCACCUCGACCAGCAGCUUUUCCUGGAGUACCUUACGCACCACCUGCGGCAGCUACUGCGCUGAACAAGGAGGCGCUAGAGAAGCUGCCUCCACAGCAGCAGAAGCAGCAGCUUGGAGAGCGGCUUUAUGCUCAAAACUACAGGCUUGCCAGAGAGAGGCUGCGGCCAGACCUAGCGGGAAAGCUGACCGGCAUGAUGCUGGAGCUCCCCAACGCGGAAAUUCUGGGCCUGUUGGAAUCCGAAGACCAGCUUAAGCACAAGAUUGAUGAAGCAGUGAAAGUCCUCGAGAAGCAGAAGAAAUGA